AUAACGUAAAUAAUCUUAAGGAUCGGCUGAUUUUUGUGAAGAAAUCGAUCGGAGAUCUCUUUGUUUUGUCCACAAGAGGAAGGAUUUUUUUCUUUUAGGUUUCUUUCCCCCGUUGAAGCUUUAAAAUGCCCAAUGACAAGCUGGCCGGUUCUAGAACUGAGAUGAAAUGUCUGAACGCUCCUCAAGACGACGACAGCUGCAGCUCCAACAGCAACGACUUUGCAUACUCUGACUUUCCCAAGAAGAUUCCUCUCAAUGGGCAAUACCCUGAUGCAGAUGCAGAGAGUCAAAACUUCCUCUCUGAUCAUAACCCAAGCAAGAAGAAAUAUGAAACUGAAUAUCACCAGGGCAGUGCCUCCUUUGGCAUGUCCGUCUUCAACCUGGGCAAUGCCAUCAUGGGCAGCGGCAUCCUGGGUCUGUCCUUCGCUAUGGCCAACACCGGCAUCGCCCUGUUUGUGAUUCUCCUGGUUUCCGUUGCCAUUUUCUCCUUGUAUUCUGUCCACUUGUUGCUAAAGACAGCCAAUGAAGCAGGUGCUCUUGUUUACGAGUCACUGGGUCACAAGGCCUUUGGGAUCCCAGGAAAACUGGCUGCUUCCUGCUCCAUCACCAUGCAGAACAUUGGAGCUAUGUCGAGUUACCUCUUCAUCAUCAAAUAUGAACUCCCCAUUGUCAUUCAGUCCUUUACUGGAGCAAAUGAUGGUGAAUGGUACAUCAAUGGAGAUUACCUUGUGAUUCUGGUCUCAAUUAUUGUUAUCCUGCCUCUCUCACUGCUCAGGAACUUGGGUUACCUUGGUUACACCAGUGGUCUGUCUCUACUCUGCAUGGUGUUUUUUCUGAUUGUGGUGAUCAUAAAGAAGUUCCAGAUUCCAUGCCCUCUGCCUAUUCCUGACGCUGGAAAUGAAACCAUGCAUAUGUUCAACAGCACCCCCCACAGCGACAACACCACUACAGAUGAUGACACUUGCAAGCCUAAAUACUUUGUCUACAACUCACAGACUGUCUAUGCUAUACCCAUCCUCACUUUUGCCUUCGUGUGCCACCCUACUAUCCUACCCAUGUAUGAUGAGCUCAAAGACCGGUCACGCCGAAAGAUGCAGAAUGUGGCCAACGUGUCCUUCCUGGCCAUGUUCAUCAUGUACCUGCUGGCUGCCCUCUUCGGAUACCUCACCUUCAACAUCCACGUGGGACCUGAGCUGCUCCACACCUACUCAAAGUUCUACAAGCACGAUAUUCUCCUGCUGGUUGUUCGUCUGGCUGUGCUGACCGCUGUCACACUCACGGUUCCUGUGGUGCUCUUCCCUAUUCGUACCUCAGUCGGCCACCUGCUGUUCCCAAAAAAGGACUUCAGCUGGAUCCGUCACGUUAUUAUCACAGUGAGCCUGCUAGCAGGAACCAACAUUCUGGUCAUCUUUGUCCCCAGCAUCAGAGAUAUUUUUGGCUUCAUUGGUGCCUCUGCUGCUGCAAUGCUGAUCUUCAUCCUGCCCUCAGCUUUCUAUCUCAGACUGGUUAAGAAGGAGUCAAUGAAAUCCAUGCAGAAGAUUGGGGCUCUGAUGUUCCUGAUAUUAGGAUUUGCUGUCAUGUUUGUCUGCAUGACUCUUAUCAUCUACGACUGGAUCGUGAACUCUAUGGAAGAUCAAGGUCACUGAAGCUCCAGCUCUUUUGCUGGUGGAGGGGGAAGCUUUCAGAGUCGGACUGCAACAAACACACAACCAACAAAAACAGUGUGACGAACAAAGCAAACCACAAAGACUCACUUGAUGCUCGACUCUGGCUUUCUGAGCAAUGGACCGUACCAUUCCAAGAGAAUGUAUCUGAACUCUGUACAUUUUGCUGUUCUAGAUCACAAAGAUGGCGUUUCCCACUUUUUAUCAUAACUUUUUAAAUAGUCUUUUGCUUUUUCCUUUUUUUCUGUUUCAUUAUUAUGGUACAGCUGUAAACAAAAAGGCUUCACAACACAGACUGAAAAUUUGUAGUUUCAAACACAGCUUCCUCUCAGGUACAGUGUUAUUCGUGGGAGAAUGUAGCUGUGAACUCUGACCUCAGCGAGAACAUCCUGCUUAACGAAGUACGUGAAUCUCCCAAAGACUCAAAUGAGACCACGGGACUUGAAACUUCACGGUCACUUUAGUUUGCUUCGACUUUUGCCUUCUAUUUUUGUUCAACUUUACCAAAACCGUGUCUGUGAAGCAUCUUUGUAUAUUGAAAAGCACUUAUAGUUGAGGCCAUUUGUCAGUUUUCACCAAAACGGCACCUUGUUCAGUAUUUCUAAGGUCCUUUGAUUUCGCUCAAAGUGUCAGCUAGCGAAUCUGUGAACAGAACCAGACACUGGGAGGUCUGUAUUAGAUCUUGUUUGACGGGCGUGUGCGGCAGCGACACUACUGCUUCGGGAAGGCCGCCAAGGCUUUCGUUUCCAUCCACCGUCCCCCGACUCCUGAUCGGGGGCCACGGAGGGAAACCUAGAAUGUUUUUUUCUUUAUGGGAGAAUACUUUGAAUUUGACCACAUACAGUGGUCGUAAUAAUAUACUUGUUACAUUUGUUAAACCGCAACAGCUUCAGCCGUACGAAGUCAGGUGCACUCCUAAACAUCAAGAAAAUACCCAGAAUUCUUCAGUGUUCAGUGUCAUAGCACAAUGCAGUGUUUUACAAUGAAGAACAAUGGCAACUCAGCAUGGAUCCAAUUCCCAACUGAGUCAAGAACCGCUCAUCAGAGAGUGCACUGUGUUUCCAACACUAACACAUCGAGAAAAACUGUGUCAUCUAUUUAUGGAAGGCCGUUAAAGAAAUGUAAUUUAAACUAUUUUAAUAUAUUUAUACCAUGUUAUAUGUACAUAUGUAUGUGAAUGUAUAUACAGUAUAUAUCUGUUUUUAAAGAUUUUUGUUUGAACAAUUUCAUGGAGCUCAAAAUCCAAAUGAGGUCAUAUUGUGAAGAGUUUGCUCAGAACAUCAGAAUGUUAUCUGUUCAUUUCUUUAGAAACACUGAAUAUUCGUCCUGGAUGGAUUCAGUGGUGAAAGGUCAUGGCUGGAGCCACUUUGACAAUAUUUUAAGCCCCUGAAGACAGACACAAAUCAGCAAACCGUUCUCUUUGGUCAAACACAGAAAGGAUGCUGCCUGUCAGUGCUACACUCUUGUUUCAAUGAAACAAUAUGUACAUGGUGUAAAUAAUGUCCCAAUAAAAUGAACUAUGACCUGAAA